CAUAAGUUACUUUUAUUAAUUAUUACUAUUAGUAAAGAUUGCAAAUCUGUUGCAUGAGAGGAGAGAGGAGGAAAGAACGAAGUUAAUUGUAUAUCAAUAUUUUUACAAAUUGUUUGGUAUCAAUAAAUUGUUAGUUCACAAUGUCAGAGGACUUAGAGGCAGACGGUGAAAUAGAGUUUCUUGAAGAGGACGCUGAUAUAGUUCAGCAGUGUGUCUAUAAUAAUGAAGAUAGUCAGUCUUAUUUGGAUUCAUCCCAAUUGAUGGUUGUCGAACCGGAUGACACGAUACAGGAAGAAUCGCCGCGGAAUACUUUGUUAGUGGAGCGAGUUUCAAACGAUCGUCGACGCAGACGGAGGCGGAAAGACGAAGAAGAUUCGGAUUAUAAUCCCCAUGAUGACAUGCCGCCUAAGAAGAAGAAACGUCAAGGACGCCCCAGACGUGUGGAAGUGCCCGUCAGGAAAAUCGAUGCGACAGAUCGUGUGCAUGUUACUACUAAAACAACAGUUAGGAGAUAUGAGAAAAACCGUAAGAAAAUGGACAUACGGAUCCCGGAUUAUGAGGAUCCGCUGUGUUUACCGGUUCGUGCGCUAUUGAAAGAGGAGGGCAAUGUGCAGAAAUUGAAAAAUUGGAAUAAUCUCUGCUUAGAACAUUUCAGAAAUUAUGAUUUGCCGUUGAGAGCAGACAAGGAAGAAACAGUGGCUUCGAAACGGACUGUUGUACUUCGAAAUCUUUAUAAUAAUAUGACUGGCAAAACAGAAACUACGAUGCACAGCAAAAUGUGUGUUGAAAACAGCAAAGGUGUGAAACGUUCUGAGAUUGUACAAGCAGUGUUGCCGAAGUAUAGAGAGAAAAAAGUUCUUAAUCUGUAUAGACUGUUAGAAUCCAAAAAACGGAGAUCACACAGCUAUAAAGAAGAAGUUAUAUUAACAAAGGAAUCAAACAAAGAUGUGGAAUCGCUUGUAGUCUAUAAACGGACAGAGAAUCUGUCGUUGGUAUACAAGAUGUUUGAAAGGAAAGGAGAUACUCCAGAGGAAGAUGAUAGAAAAUAUCUUAAAGAAGUUACCUGUUGUAAGAUCUGUGCUCCGUGCUACCAAACGUCUUGGAGGGGAUUUAAUAAUAAUGACAAGAAAAACAUUACGUGUCAGAUAUGUAAACGUCCAUGCAUAAGUGUGUACAAUCUCCUAUCUCAUAUGAAAUGCCACUCGGAUGUUGAUAUAAGGAGAUAUAAGAGAUCUAUAUCUAGGAGUUUGGCAGAUGCUGUUGAAUACCACUAUAAGUGCAGAAUAUGUCAAGAACAAUUCCUCAGCAUACGGGAUCUCAGGAUACAUGUGAACAAACAUAAAGGUACGGAAACAUUUAUGUGUGAAGUUGGAAAUCAUCUGACGAAUUGAUGCUAAUAAAUUGUUGAAAGAA